AUGACUGGAGUCAUGUUGCAGCCAAAUCGGGACCGCCAACUGGCCGUCAGAAUCAAGUAUAUCAAGCCUAGCAAUCUCCGUGUUGGCAAACCCGAACCUACUGCAAGUCGAACAUUUGAAGCACAUGGUAUGCCCACGAAAUACUUCCGACACGUAUCAGAAGAUCCGAGGAAUGCUCCAAUAGGACCUAUAAUGGAACUAUGUAGAAGUGUUGCGGAAAUGCCAACCGUGACUGUCAGUAUCAAAACAAUCUUCUCGGACUGCACACUUGGGCUGAGCACCGAGCGCUUGAUGGAGUCGAUGUAUAUCGGGAGGUCGGGUACAAUCAACAGACCACUGGGUACUACCUCUAAAUUUAGUCAGCGUGAUUCACAGCGCAUAAACUUAUCCCAGUCCCGCCCAUCAGAUGAGCCUGAGAGUCUGCAGGACAUCUUUGAAAUGGCCGGUUUGGGACAGAGUCUGGGCCAAAACUGUGUCAAUCUAACAUCAAUCAACCACACAGUGAGGGCAUACCUUUGCCAUCGGCUUGCCCAAGUUUCCGUUCCGGUCGCUGCGACAGAUCGAAAGAGGAAUGACGGCACCGCAGCCUGCACAUCAAGAACGAUGCCAAUUGCUGAUGGUCGCAGAGAGAAGCUGACAAGAAAGGGAAUCUCUGGAAAGGUACUGGGCGGUGGAUGGGCGGACAGAGUUGAGGCGGAGCAUGAACAUGCAGCAUUCCAAUCAUGGCGGAAUGUUGGGCGCCGCCGCAGGCGCAGCGGGCAACCGAAGUUAAAUUUAAACUCCGCUGAGAGUGCCGUCGUGUCCCAGACGUUGACCCAGAUCUCCAGCCAAAACGGUUGGAAAAGCGAACUACAUACCCUAAUCCCUCAGGCCUCAACGUUGUUCAACCUCGACGUUGCAACCCCAGCAAUUGCGAUCACUAGCAGAAGACGUGUUCAUCGACACCCCACGACGUCGCGUAAGCUGGGCCUCGUUAGACUAUGGGUAUGGGUCGCCAUCAUUUCAAGUACUGUCAUGUUCGGACGGCGAAGUGGUCAUCAUAUAAAAGAUGGGAGCACACGUUCGGCAUGGAAUUGCACUGUUGCCAACUCAGAUCAGUGGACCGUUGCUGUCAGUUCGAUUUCAACAAUGCGGCUGGUCACAAGUUUGUACAGCAAAGGUCUAGACCUAAAUUACGUAAAGGCUCCGUCGGAAUCCUCGCUCGCAUACGACAAGGCUCCAAUCUGAUUGGUUUUCUUCUGAGUUCAUGAUAAUAAUGCCGGCCAUGCUUUUGGAAGAUUCAGAUUUUGGACCUUGCCGAGGAGAAAUAUGGUGAUAACAAUCGCAGAUCUUGAAGGUCGUGAUACUACCAUUGCAAGCUUCCAAGCCAAUGGCAAAGACAUCGACAUCUAUUCCGAUGGAGGCAACGAGGAUUCAGUGCU